AUGGGACUCUCUGAUGUCCAGCUGCAGCUGGUGCUGCUGUGGGCACUGGUGUGGGCACAGAGGGCAGGGUCUGUGUGUCCCUCCUGUGGAGGCCCCACACUGGCACCCCAAGCAGAACGAGCUCUGGUCCUUGAGCUAGCCAAGCAGCAGAUCCUCGAGGGGCUACACCUGACCGGUCGUCCCAUAAUAACUCAUCCUCUACCCCAGGCAGCGCUGACCAGAGCCCUCCGGAGACUGCAGCGGGCAAGUGUGGUUCCAGCGAAUGGGGAGCAGGUCAUCAGCUUUGCUGCCAUCACAGACUCCUCCGCCUCCACCUGCAGCUCCACGCUCACUUUCUACCUGUCCACUCCUCGGUCCCACCACCUCUACCACGCUCGCCUCUGGCUGCACGUGCUCCCCACCCUUCCUGGNACUCUUUCCUUGAGGAUUUUCCGAUGGGGCCCUAGGAGGAGACGCCGAGGGUCCCACGUCCUCCUGGCUGAGCACCAACUGACGGCCCCGGGCUGGCACGCCCUGACUCUGCCCUCUAGUGGCUUGAGGCAUGAGGAGUCUGGUGUCUUGAAACUCCAACUGGACUGCAGACUGCUAGAAGGCAACAGCACAGCUGCCCCCCAAACUCAGCAGCUCCUGGACACAGCGGGAGAGCAGCGGCCCUUCCUGGAGCUGAAGACCCGGCCCAAAGAGCCUGGAGCAGGCCGGGCCAGGAGGAGGACCCCCAGCUGUGAGCCUGAGACCCCCUUAUGCUGUAGGCGAGACCAUUAUGUAGACUUCCAGGAACUGGGAUGGCGGGACUGGAUCCUGCAGCCUGAGGGGUACCAGCUGAAUUACUGCAGUGGGCAGUGUCCCCCGCACCUGGCUGGCAGCCCAGGCAUUGCUGCCUCCUUCCAUUCUGCUGUCUUCAGCCUCCUCAAGGCCAACAACCCUUGGCCCUUGGGUACUUCCUGUUGUGUCCCUACUGCCCGAAGGCCUCUCUCUCUCCUCUACCUUGACCGUGAUGGCAACGUGGUCAAGACAGAUGUGCCAGAUAUGGUGGUAGAGGCCUGUGGCUGCAGCUAG